AUGGGGGAUGCACAGAUGUCUGCGUUUGGGCUGGCUGCCCCAUUCCUGAGGAAGUCGGAUAAAGAACGUAUGGAGGCCUCCACACGUCCCUUUGACAUAAAGAAAGAGUGUUAUGUCCCCGAUGCGGUGGAAGAGUUUGUGAAGGCAACCAUCACCAGCCGAGACGGGGACAAGGUCACUGUGGAUACGCAACGCGGGAAGACGGUCACUGUCAAAGACACCGAUAUCAUGCAACAGAACCCUCCAAAGUUCGACAAGAUCGAGGACAUGGCCAUGUUGACUUUCCUCCAUGAGCCAGCUGUGCUUUUUAACCUCAAAGAGCGUUACGCAGCAUGGAUGAUCUAUACCUACUCUGGGCUCUUCUGUGUGACUGUUAACCCCUACAAGUGGCUGCCAGUCUACAACCAAGAGGUGGUUGUUGCCUACAGAGGAAAGAAGAGGAGUGAAGCUCCUCCUCACAUCUUCUCCAUCUCUGACAAUGCCUACCAAUACAUGCUUGCUGACCGUGAAAAUCAGUCAAUUCUGAUCACUGGAGAAUCUGGUGCAGGAAAGACUGUCAACACAAAGAGAGUCAUCCAGUACUUUGCAAGUAUUGCAGCUGGAGGCCCUAAGAAAGAUGUUGCCAAAGACAAGGGCACCCUGGAGGAUCAAAUCAUCCAGGCUAACCCUGCUCUGGAAGCUUUUGGUAAUGCCAAGACCAUCAGGAAUGACAACUCCUCCAGAUUUGGUAAAUUUAUCCGAAUUCAUUUUGAUACGAGGGGAAAGUUAGCCUCUGCUGAUAUUGAAACAUAUCUUCUGGAGAAGUCUCGUGUGACUUUCCAGCUCAAGGCUGAGAGAGAUUACCACAUUUUCUACCAGAUUCUGUCUCAGAAGAAGCCUGAACUCCUUGAGAUGCUGCUGAUCACAAAUAAUCCCUAUGAUUACGCCUUCAUCUCUCAGGGGGAAACCCAAGUGGCCUCCAUUGAUGAUGCAGACGAACUGAUGGCAACAGACAGUGCCUAUGAUGUACUGGGCUUUACCCAAGAGGAAAAGAACUCUGUGUACAAGUUGACUGGUGCCAUCAUGCACCAUGGCAAUAUGAAAUUCAAGCAGAAACAGCGAGAGGAGCAGGCAGAGGCUGAUGGCACUGAAGAUGCUGACAAAGUAGCUUAUCUGAUGUGCCUGAACUCUGCUGACCUCAUCAAAGCUCUCUGUCAUCCAAGAGUCAAAGUAGGAAAUGAGUGGGUCACCAAGGGACAAAGUGUUAAUCAGGUGACAUAUGCUAUUGGAGCUCUAUCCAAGUCUGUUUAUGAAAAGAUGUUCCUGUGGAUGGUGGUGAGAAUCAACCACUCACUGGAGACCAAGCAGCCUCGCCAGUACUUCAUUGGUGUAUUGGACAUAGCUGGAUUUGAGAUCUUUGAUUUCAACACCUUUGAGCAGAUGUGCAUCAACUUCACCAAUGAAAAACUGCAACAGUUUUUCAACCAUCACAUGUUUGUGCUGGAGCAGGAAGAGUACAAGAAAGAGGGCAUUGAAUGGACUUUCAUUGAUUUUGGUAUGGACUUGCAGGCCUGUAUUGAUCUGAUUGAAAAGCCCAUGGGUAUUAUGUCCAUCCUUGAAGAGGAGUGCAUGUUUCCCAAAGCCAGUGAUACCACCUUUAAAGCUAAACUCUAUGACAACCACCUGGGAAAAUCCAACAACUUCCAGAAGCCUAGAAUUGUGAAAGGGAAACCAGAGGCUCAUUUUGCCCUGGUCCACUACGCUGGAACUGUUGACUAUAAUAUCUGCAACUGGCUGGUGAAGAACAAGGAUCCUCUGAAUGAGACUGUUGUCGGACUGUACCAGAAAUCUAGUCUUAAGCUUCUUGCAUUACUCUUUGCAAAUUAUGCUGGAGCUGACUUAGUGACUGAAGGCACUGAAGGCCAAAAAGGGAAGAAGAGGAAGGGAUCAUCUUUUCAAACUGUGUCUGCUCUUCAUAGGGAGAACCUGAACAAGCUGAUGACCAACUUGAGGUCUACUCACCCCCACUUUGUACGCUGCAUCAUCCCCAAUGAGUCCAAGACUCCUGGGGCCAUGGAGAACCCUCUGGUCAUGCACCAGCUGCGCUGUAAUGGUGUGCUGGAAGGCAUCAGGAUUUGCAGAAAGGGCUUCCCCAACAGGAUCCUCUAUGGAGAUUUCAAACAGAGAUAUCGCAUCUUGAAUCCUGCUGCCAUCCCUGAGGGUCAGUUCAUUGACAGCAAGAAGGGAGCAGAGAAACUCCUUGGGUCUCUGGAUAUUGAUCACAAUCAAUACAAGUUUGGACAUACCAAGGUGUUCUUCAAAGCUGGAUUGCUGGGUCUGCUUGAGGAGAUGAGAGAUGAGCGUCUCUCUAAAAUCAUCACUGGUAUUCAAGCCAGAUCCCGUGGUCUCCUGUCUCGUAUUGAGUUUCAGAAGAUUGUGGAACGCAGAGAUGCAUUAUUAGUGAUCCAGUGGAAUGUCCGUUCAUUCAUGGGAGUCAAGAAUUGGCCCUGGAUGAAGUUGUUCUUCAAGAUCAAACCCCUGCUGAGAUCUGCUGAAUCAGAAAAGGAAAUGGCCAACAUGAAGGAAGAAUUCCUGAAGUUGAAAGAAGCUUAUGCAAAGUCUGAAGCUCGUAGGAAGGAACUGGAGGAGAAAAUGGUCUCUAUUCUCCAAGAGAAAAAUGACCUGCAGCUUCAAGUUCAAACGGAGCAAGACAAUCUCUGUGAUGCAGAGGAAAGAUGUGAGGGGCUGAUCAAAAACAAAAUCCAACUGGAGGCAAAAAUCAAAGAGACAACAGAAAGAAUGGAGGAUGAGGAGGAGAUGAAUGCUGAACUGACUGCUAAGAAGAGGAAGCUGGAAGAUGAAUGCUCUGAGUUAAAGAAAGACAUUGAUGACUUAGAGUUAACUCUGGCUAAAGUGGAGAAGGAGAAGCAUGCCACUGAGAACAAGGUAAAAAACCUGACUGAGGAGAUGUCUGCUCUGGAGGAAAUCAUUGCCAAGUUGACCAAGGAAAAGAAAGCCUUACAGGAAGCUCAUCAGCAAACGCUGGAUGACCUGCAGAGUGAAGAAGACAAAGUCAACACUCUGACCAAGGCCAAGACUAAGCUGGAGCAACAAGUUGAUGAUCUUGAAGGAUCUCUUGAGCAAGAGAAGAAAAUUCGAAUGGACCUUGAAAGAGCCAAGAGAAAGCUAGAGGGAGACCUCAAGUUGUCCCAGGAGACUAUAAUGGAUCUAGAAAAUGACAAACAACAGACGGAGGAGCGCCUGAAAAAGAAGGACUUUGAGGUCAGCCAGCUGAACAGCAAAAUUGAAGAUGACCAAGCCAUAAUACUUCAACUUCAGAAGAAGCUGAAAGAGCUACAGGCUCGUGUAGAGGAGCUGGAAGAAGAGCUUGAGGCAGAGCGAGCUGCCCGAGCCAAGGUGGAAAAGCAGAGAGCUGACUUGUCCAGAGAGCUGGAGGAGAUCAGCGAGAGGCUGGAGGAGGCUGGUGGAGCAACCGUUGCUCAGAUUGAGAUGAACAAGAAGAGGGAGGCUGAGUUCCUGAAACUCCGCAGAGACCUUGAAGAGGCCACUCUGCAGCAUGAAGCUACUGCUGCUACCCUGAGGAAGAAACAAGCUGACAGUGUUGCUGACCUCGGGGAGCAGAUUGACAACCUGCAGAGAGUCAAGCAGAAACUGGAGAAGGAGAAGAGUGAGCUCAGACUGGAACUGGAUGAUGUGGUCUCUAAUAUGGAACAUAUUGUGAAAUCUAAGACUAACUUGGAGAAGAACUGCAGAACUAUGGAGGACCAAAUGAAUGAAUACAGGACUAAAUAUGACGAAUCUCAAAGAUCCCUUAAUGACUUCACCACCCAGAAAGCCAAGCUUCAAGCUGAGAAUGAUGAGCUUAUAAGACAGCUCGAGGAGAAAGAAUCUCUUGUUUCACAGCUGACUAGAGGAAAGAAUACCUACAAUCAACAACUUGAAGAUCUGAAAAGACAACUAGAGGAGGAAGUAAAGGCGAAGAAUGCAUUAGCUCAUGCAGUGCAGUCCUCUCGUCAUGACUGUGACCUGCUCAGGGAGCAAUAUGAGGAGGAGCAGGAGGCCAAGGCUGAACUGCAGCGUGGCAUGUCCAAGGCCAACUCUGAGGUGGCUCAGUGGAGAACUAAGUACGAAACUGAUGCCAUCCAGAGGACCGAAGAACUUGAGGAUGCCAAAAAGAAGCUGGCUCAGCGUCUGCAGGACGCAGAGGAGGCGGUUGAAGCAGUGAAUGCUAAAUGUUCUUCUCUGGAGAAGACCAAACACAGACUGCAGAAUGAGAUUGAAGAUCUCAUGGUGGAUGUAGAGAGGUCUAAUGCUGCUGCUGCUGCUCUGGACAAGAAGCAAAGACACUUUGACAAGGUCCUGUCUGAGUGGAAGCAGAAAUAUGAGGAGUCUCAAACAGAACUGGAGAGCUCUCAAAAGGAGUCCAGGUCUCUGAGCACUGAGCUUUUUAAACUGAAGAACUCCUAUGAAGAGUCUCUGGAUAAUCUGGAGACCACGAAGAGAGAGAACAAGAAUUUACAGGAGGAGAUUUCUGACCUCACUGAACAAAUUAGUGAAAGAGGAAAAAUCUUUUAUGAGUUGGAGAAGGUUCGUAAGCAGCUGGAACAGGAGAAGACUGAGAUCCAGUCUGCUCUUGAGGAAGCAGAGGCCUCCCUGGAGCAUGAAGAGGGUAAGAUUCUGAGAGCCCAGCUUGAGUUCAAUCAAGUUAAAGCUGAUAUUGAACGCAAACUAGCUGAGAAAGAUGAGGAGAUGGAGCAGUGCAAGAGGAACCAGCAGAGGACAAUCGACACCCUGCAGAGCUCUCUUGAAGCUGAGUGUCGCAGCAGAAAUGAGGCACUGCGUCUCAAGAAGAAGAUGGAGGGAGACCUCAAUGAGAUGGAGAUCCAGCUGAGCCAGGCCAAUAGGCAGGCAUCUGAGGCCCAGAAACAACUUAAAUCAAUUCAUGCACAUUUGAAGGAUUGCCAAAUUCAGCUGGAUGAGUCUGUUCGGGCCAAUGAUGACCUUAAAGAGAACAUUGCUAUUGUUGAGAGACGCAAUAAUUUACUUCAGACUGAACUGGAGGAAUUGAGGGGUGCUCUCGAGCAAACUGAGAGAAGCCGCAAACUUGCUGAACAAGAGCUGCUGGAUGUUAGUGAGAGGGUGCAGCUACUGCACUCACAGAACACUAGUCUGUUAAACCAGAAGAAGAAGCUGGAGGGUGAUACAUCCCAGCUUCAGACAGAAGUGGAAGAUGCACUGCAGGAGUGCAGAAAUGCUGAAGAGAAGGCCAAGAAGGCCAUUACUGAUGCUGCCAUGAUGGCAGAGGAGCUGAAGAAGGAACAAGACACCAGUGCUCACCUUGAGCGUAUGAAGAAGAACAUGGAGCAAACCAUCAAAGACCUGCAGCACCGUCUGGAUGAAGCUGAACAGAUUGCCAUGAAGGGAGGCAAGAAGCAAGUGCAGAAGCUUGAGACAAGAGUGAAGGAGCUGGAAAAUGAGGUGGAAAUGGAGCAGAAGAAAAGCAGUGAAACUGUGAAGGGCAUCCGGAAAUAUGAGCGCCGCAUCAAAGAACUCACCUAUCAGACUGAGGAGGACCGCAAAAAUAUUGCUAGACUCCAGGACCUGGUUGACAAGCUGCAGCUGAAAGUUAAAUCCUACAAGAGAUCUGCUGAGGAGGCUGAAGAACAGGCCAAUUCUCACUUGGGGAAAUUCCGCAAGCUGCAGCAUGAGCUGGAUGAGGCUGAAGAGAGAGCUGAUAUUGCUGAGUCUCAGGUCAACAAGAUGCGUGUCAAGAGCCGUGAUGCUGGCUCCAAGGUAUGA